GGAAGAUUUAGAAGAUACUAUCAGUAUCGUAGAAAAAAAUUCAUCAAAAUUUAAAAUCGACAAUAAAGAAAUUUCGGAAAGACGAAGUUUUAUAGAAGCUACGAAGCAAGAAGUAAAGGUGAUGAAGAGUAAAAUGAGCCUGAACAGAAACCGAGACAACGAUGGCACGGCACGAGAGCCACUGCUGGGCGACGAAAGUCCAGUGCACAACAUGAGUAAUGUGUGGACAGCUACGCCAAAAUAUACGAAGUACUCAAAACUUGCCAACCAAACUGACAGUCCUAAUAGGUUUGACUAUGACAGUGAUAUCAUGUCCAUGCAAGAGAAGAUGUUGACGAGCCAAAAUGACCAGCUGCAAGUGAUCAGCCACUCUGUGGGAUCAUUGAAGACUGUUUCCAAACAAAUUGGGAUCGAGCUUGACGAGCAAGCAGUGAUGUUAGACGAUUUGAAUACAGAACUUGAAAAUGCCGAUUCUAAACUAGAUUCAACGUUAAAGAAAGUAGCUAAGGUGCUCCAUAUGAAUAACGAUCGACGCCAGUGGCUGGCAAUAUUGAUCCUGAUAGAAUAUAGUCUGGAACAGCAUAAAUAA